AUCGCGGCAUUACGUGCCACCGAGUAACGGAGCGCGGACGCGGAAUAGAACGUAUCGCGUGUCGCGUCUCCGUGUUUCGCGUCUCCACGCGACUCUCCGAGGCUCUCCGAAACGACGGAAGAAAAGCGACAGUCGCGUGUCGACCAGCGGACAGGUCGGUGCAGAUCGAGCGAGCGGAUGCCUCCCGCCCCUCGACACCUUCCCACGACGACGGGCUCUCAGCCACGCUCCGCCUUCGCCGGAGUUCGCCGGAGGACCGAUGACUGAAAAGAUCCGCGGGGACGGUCGCCGCACACGCGUUUCGACACCCGGAAGCCGUACGAAUCUCCGACCCGGUGCCGCCGUCGCCUCGAGCGAAAUCGCAUCGUCGGUCACGAUGUCGUAAAGUUGCUCGAGUGUUGCGCGCGCGCGCGUGCGCGCAUGCUGAAGGAGACCGAUCGACUCGCCGAUUGAGGAUGUUGACCUGGUAGCGGGUGUUGAUCGACAGGAAAAUCGCUCGCUCGCGGGAGACCGACGACUAACGUUUCUCAGCCAGCUGUUGGCGAACGUUAAAAUUCGAUCGAUAAACAUUUCUCUCGGUCGUCGCCGCCGCCGCCGCCGCCGCCGCCGCCGCCGUCGUCGUCGUCGUCGUCAUUGUCAUUCAACAGUGAUUCAGUGAAUGGACUUUAUGAGUGACCGUUGUCGAGGCACGGCAGCAUCCACCGGAAGACACGAGUGUCCGAUGACGACAGAUCGAUCUCCGAUGGAUCGCACGUGACCGCGAUCUCGUGGGAUAUCGUCCGAUCGCCGCCAAGAGGAAGAUCCCGUAGGAAAGGCCCGAUUUCCCGAAAGGAGCGGCAAGAUGCUGAAGGAGAGCAUGUGGCGGCAAAGGAGAGUGCCCGUUCCCAAGAGGACGAUCGAGUUGGUCGCUUUAGUAGCGAUAUCCAGUACGCUAUUUCUCUUUCUACACACGAGGGAUUUACAUUCGCGUCUGAAAAAGAUGGAAGUGCGCCUUCAACCGGGAGAAGACGAUGUGCUCUCGGCGAAUCAACUCUCGUCAGACGGUAUUCAGACCGAUGCUGAGCCAAACGGUAUCGUCCAUUAUUCAAAUGUGCAACGUAUUCUCGUGGGAAAGUACGAGGAGCAGGAAGCGCUCGACAUCGACGCCCUCAACAAUACGAGGAGGGCCGAUCGGGAGGUCCUGUUUUUCAAUCGCGUGCCGAAAGUCGGCUCGCAGACUUUUAUGGAGCUGUUGAGGAGGCUAUCGAUAAGGAAUGCGUUUUCGUUCAACAGGGACCGCGUGCAGCGAGUCGAGACCAUACGUCUCGCGCCGAUCGAGCAGUUGCAUCUCGCUAGGAUGGUCAGCAGUUAUUCGGAGCCAUCUGUUUACGUGAAGCACGUCUGCUUUACUAACUUUACAGAAUUCCACCUACCGGAGCCGAUUUAUAUCAACAUAGUCCGCGAUCCCGUGGAAAGGGUCAUAUCUUGGUAUUAUUACGUAAGAGCACCAUGGUACUAUGUGGAGAGGAAGCAGAUCUUCCCGGAUCUACCGUUGCCCGAUCCCAAUUGGCUCAAAAAGGACUUCGAGUCGUGCGUACUUAAGGGCGAUCGAGAGUGCAGAUAUUUGCAGGGAGAGAUCCACGAGGGCAUCGGCGAUCACCGCAGGCAAACGCUCUUCUUCUGCGGGCACAGCGAAAAAUGCACUCCUUUUAAUACCGUUGGUGCCCUGGAGCGAGCCAAGUUAGCGGUAGAAAAACACUACGCGGUAGUUGGCGUCUUGGAGGAUAUAAAUACAACUCUCACAGUACUGGAAAAUUACAUACCACGAUUUUUCCAGGGAGCUACUGACGUUUACUAUGAUCAAGUAAAUUCAUUUAUGAGGAUCAAUCGAAACUUCUUUAAACCGCCAGUCAGCGAGGAAGUGAAGAAUUUGGUGCGAAACAACUUUACUCGCGAAGUCGAAUUCUACCAAUUCUGCAAACAACGACUUUAUAGACAAUACAGAGCUCUUAAAUUACGAUCGAAUAUUCCGUAAGUUACGACAAUUUUU